AUAGGCCCGAGAAGCAUCUGCAAGAAAAGUAUCUCCUUCACCAUUGCCCCUGCUCUUUGCCUUUGCUCUUUGUACCACACUGAAGGAAGUCCCCCUCCCAGGCCAAAAACCCCUGCCACCCCAAUCGCUGCUCUGCUUUCGUUCUCUUUGGCAUGUAGAAGACAGCAGCAGCAGCAACAGCUGAGGAAACCCAGGACGUGCCAAAACCAAGGAUUUGGAUUUAUCCAAAACCAGUCUUUUCUGGGAUUUUUGUUAAAACUUUCAUUUAACUUUAUUUUCUUCCUAAAGGAUUCUGUUGUCUUAGGCUGUGAAGAUGCCCCUGUCUGGAACUCCUGCUCCUCCAAACAAGAGGAAAAAGCCCUCUAAAAUAAUCACUGACCUUUCCAACAUUACACAAGAUGAGGUGACGGAAACAGAGGCCACAGAAUUUGACCUGGGGACCAAGAUUAAGACCCCAAAGGAGGUGAUGCUAGAGGAGCUGUCUCUCAUGAAGGGUAAGGGCUCCAAGAUGUUCAAGAUGAGGCAGCAGAGAGUGGAUAAGUUCAUCAUCAGCAAUGAGAACCUGCAAAAUCUCCAGGACUUGGUUCCUUCUCUAGGCUGCGAAGUGACGACUCCUCCUGCUCCAGCCCCAGAGCCACCAAAAGAUGAAGUUGAUCCUGAGGCAGAGAAGCAGAAGAGGAGGCGUGAAUAUGUGAAAACAUAUGUAUCGCCAUGGGAGCGCGCAAUGAAGGACAAUGAGGAACUCAAGGCCACCAUGAAGCCACAAAUGCCAGGGCCUCAUGUGCAGCAGGACCUGCCCAAAUAUAAGAGUUUCAAUAGGACAGCUCUGCCCUUUGGUGGAUUUGACAAGGCCUCUCGCAUGCUGACCUUCGAGAUCCCAGAGGUCAAGGUGGCCCCUGAGGAGCCGGAGCCAGUGCCCGUUUUCCAGUACGACAUCAACUCUAGACCUUCCUUCAACCGCACACCUAUCGGCUGGGUGUGUAACGAGGAGCCCAGCCACAUCCACAUGGACCUGGACGCUAUCCCCUUUGACGGAGAGACGGACGACCUCUGAGGACCCUGUUAUCCUGCUAUAGCACAGACAUACUUACAUUCUCC